ACCGGUCCCUGCUGUGGGGUUGUGCUGCAAGGAAUGGGUAGCAAAAGUGCAAGAGAGGAUUUAAUCCGCAGUUAUUUAAAGUGUGUUCCCCAGACUCUGUGUUUCUGUGUGGUGAAACGGAGAAGUGUACCCUCACUGCUCCCAGCCUGCUUUCAACAGGUUAAUUAUUUCAUUAAGGCACAUCUGGAUCGAGCAGGAGUUAGUUUCUGGGCUGUUCCUACGCUGUCUCUGUCUUGUGUGCCUGCCACCAGACAGACGUCGAUAGGGCAAGCUCUGGAAACUCCUCUGCAGGGCAGGUAGAAGGAAGUAGCGCUGUCACCGCCGCGGCUCGCAGCCCGGCUGACACGGGCGGUCGUCCCGCACCCCGCGUGGCACCAGGGCGGCUUGGACAGACGGAUGGGGAGAGGAGGAGGAGGAUGCCGUGACCGUCUGCAGGCACAGUGGGCCGUGUAGCAGAGCAAGGGUGAUGCCAGAAGGAGCCCGGCAUGCCGUACCUGGACCGACAGAACCGUAUCUGCGGGUUCCUGGACAUCGAGGAAAAUGAGACCUGCGGCAAGUUUCUGCGGAGGUAUUUCAUCCUGGACACCCAGGCCAACUGCCUGCUGUGGUACAUGGACAACCCGCAGAACCUGGCCAUCGGUGCGGGUGCUGUUGGAUCUCUGCAGCUGACCUACAUCUCCAAGGUCAGCGUCGCCACCCCGAAACAGAAACCGAAAACUCCGUUCUGCUUUGUUAUCAAUGCGUUAUCUCAGCGCUACUUCCUGCAAGCCAGUGAUCAGAAAGACCUGCAGGACUGGGUGGAGGCUCUCAACCGGGCCAGCAAGAUCACGGUGCCGAAGGGCGGUGGUGUCCUGCCUGCUGCAGAGAUCACGAAGCCCCCGGCGGUGCCGCAGGCGCAGGAUAGGAAGCCUCAGGUUGCCUACAAAACCGAGAUCAUCGGGGGCGUGGUGGUGCACACCCCCAUCUCCAUCAACCAGAAUGGAGGGGACGGGGCAGAGGGCAGCGACCUGGCCGCCCACCCGCUGCUGCGGCGCUCGCAGAGCUACAUCCCCGUCUCGGCCACCAAGCCGCCCGCCGGGCCCCCUGCCAUCAAGAGCGGCUACUGCGUGAAGCAGGGGAACGUGGUGAGUGCUGGGUGCCUGCGGGGUGGCUGGCGUUGGGCUGCUGCUUCCCCUGGCUCAGGGGUGCUCCGGAUGCCACCAGCAUGUCCCUGGCACGGGGAGAGCGCAGGGCCCCAGCACCGAGGGGUUUCCUCAUCUGUUUUCCAGAGGAAGAGCUGGAAGCGCCGGUACUUUGUCCUCGACGAAUUUUCCAUCAGUUACUACAAGUGUGAGCAGGACAAGGAGCCCUUGCGUUCGAUUCUUCUGAAGGACGUGUGCAAGACCCACGAAUGCCUGGUCAAGUCUGGUGACCUCCUGAUGCGGGACAACCUCUUUGAAAUCAUAACGAGCUCCAGGACCUUCUACAUCCAGGCGGACAGCCCCGAGGACAUGCACAGCUGGAUCCGCGCCAUCGCAGGGGCAGUUCAGGCCCUGAAAACCCGCCCGAGGGAAAUCUCCUUCAUGAGGUCCUGCUCCAUGACCAAGCCAGCCCCUUCCCAGCAGAGGCAGCCGGCGGAGGAGAGGAAAGCGCUUUGCAAAGCCCCCUCGACCUCCUCCUGGCAGCCGUGGACGCCGGUGCCCCAGGCGGAGGGGAAGCAGCCGGCGCUGGCGGAGGUGCCCGUGCAGAUGAGGGACGCGCUGUUUGUGCCGGCAUUCACCGAGCGCGAUGUCGGUGCUGUGCCGGGCCAGCGCCUGCGGCACAGGUCGGAGCCGCAGCACCUCAAGGAGAAGUCCUUCGCCUUCGACCUGGACGAUGAAAGCAUCCGGACCUCCGACGUCUGACGGCGCCGAGCCACGACGCGGCUGCAGGGCGCGGGGACUUUGGGACGCGUGGCCGCUGCCGCGCUGGUGGGGCUGGACGAGCUGGUCUCCUCGGUACUUCUGCCCAGCCCUUGGGACCUAGCCUGCCCCGUCGCCUCGGCUGGGACGAGAUUUGGCUCCUUUUCUCCACCGCCACUCCUUCACGCGGCGCUGGGCUGGGCCAGACACACUCCCUGGUGCCUGUGCUCCGCUGGGAGAAGUGGGGCUCCCGUCCUGCUCGCCCCUUGGCUGUGUCUCGGUGAGCCCGGGGGCCGUGGUCUGGCAGCGGCUGGCUGAGGUAGUUUGGGGUUUUGGCAAGCCGCCUCCACCCCGGGCGCUGCGUGCCUCCCGCACGGGGUGGGAAGCGCCAGCUCCCCACUGCCCAGUGGGGGGGUGUCCUCUGCAGCAAAUGCAUCAUUUCUCCCCAGAAACAGCCCUGGAAGAAACAGCAGGAAAACUCAGAAGCAGGAAAGGGGGGGAGUGAGGUGGCCUUUCUCGUUUCUGGAUAAAUGUUUUUCUCCCCUUUUGUGCUGCUCAGUCUUCCCCCGGCACAGCCAGGGAGCCGCACCACGGUGCAGCUGCGCGCGGAGCAGGAGAAGCGCUGCAACUUUCAGCGCUGAUGACAUUUUUUCCAGGAGACCAGCUCUUUACCCUGCUCGACUAAUGGUGUAUUGGCAAAUCUGUUUGCUUUUAAUUCCUUCUUUUUAUAUCUGUCGCCACUGCUAAGCUCCAGCAGACUCCCUGCUCAAAGCCCUCUGCAAGGUUUUAGUGAUUUUUAAAUGGGAGCUGCUUCUGGGCAGGCUGCCAGUGCCGCAGCGACUGGGGGGCAGGAGUAUCCUCAGGUAUGUCUUCAGUUCUGCACUGCAUGCAUUUAGGCACCAAAGAGACGUGCCUGAGUGGUGAAGUGCUUUUAAGAAAAAGCAACAAAAGCCGAGUGUUUAAUGAAACUCGGAAGACUCGUCCAACUGGCCUGUUACCCGCCUUGAAAUGAAAAUGAGCAGAACCUUUUUAAGCAAUGUGAGCCGGCCAUUUCCAUAACCAAAUAGGCUCACAUAGGAGGUGUGACAAAUAGCACAUAGAAAAUUGAAGUGAGAUUGUCCGAUAUCUUCACCCCAACUACGCCUGUGUAAUGCCUUGGACAGCGAGAAGCAGCACGCCGUUCCUGGCUGCUCACUGAGGGCAAUAGCUUGCGUGGCUGUGACUUUGUGAAAGCUGCAUCCAGCCCAUUGAAGCCUAGGUGCUGCUUCAGCCUCAUUCCGAGGGUCCCUGUCCAGGCCUGAAUCACACCCAGAACGAGGAUUGUGCCAUCUCUUCCUCCGGAUAUCUCUGAGCCGAGUGCACACACCCCCCCCCCCCCCCCCCCCCAGUGCUCGCUGGAACCGAGCUGCCCCCGACACAGGCACGCUCACUGCUGUCUGAUAAACCAGGGUGUUGCAGCUGAGAAACCAGGGUGGCAAGUGUGGGAACUGCAUGGCAAGCCUAGCAGUGCAUGGAGGGCUCUGGAGUUAGCAAGGCUUCCCUUCACUAUGUACUAGUUAUUUUUUUGUCAUUACGUGUUCUAUGCUUUGCAAAAUCUGCUUAAUGUGCUCCCCAGAAGCAAAAACGCUGAUUUGUCCCUGCCCCUUCCAGGUCUCCAGCUGCUUAACAGCUGUGCUUUAACCCAGCUCAGACUCGGCCUGGGAUCGAGUGGGGUUUUAUCACCGCCAAGCUCCGAGAUGUUGGUUAGCCCCGCUGAUCUGAGCGGGAUCAGAAUCGCCUCCUCCUGCAUCCAUCUCGUUCAGCUGAGCUCUGCUGGCAGUCCCCAGCAGAAGCAGCUGCUGGGCUGGACAGGGUGGGAAGGCUGGGUGCAGGCCCACGGCCCU